UGCCAAAAACCUUUUGCUGGCCGGCCCAUGAUCGAGUGCAGCCAAUGUGGCACCUGGAUCCACCUGUCCUGCGCCAAGGUGAAGAAAAACAACGUCCCCGACGUCUUCUAUUGCCAAAAAUGCCGUGAGGGUCCUCGCAGGGCCACCCCCGCCACCCCCCGGGCCACGGGCGACUCCUAAACCCCCCAAAAAAUGGAAAUUUUGGGGCUCCCCAGCCAGGGUUUGUGCUCAAAAUCGGAAAUUUUGGGGUUGCCGCCUUCCCUGGGGUUUGAAGGUUUGGAGGUUCCUUCCCCUAAAAAUGAGAAGUUUGAUCCAACCCCAGUUGUCAAAAUUUGGAAUUUUGCAAGGGGUUGGAUGUCACCCUAGAAUUGUGAGGUUCAAACAGAUUUUGUUGGAGAUUUUGGGGUUUGUGGCUCUCCCCUAGAACUGGGAGGUUUGAGGGUUGGAAGGUGCCCCAAAAUUGGAGAUUUUGGGGGUUUGGAACCUCCCCUAACCCCCUCCCCAAAUUGUGAGGGUUUGUAAAAGCCCUGAAAUUGUGAGAUUUUGGGUCCAGCUCCCUCAAAAAUGGGGAGGUUUGGGGGGACUUUUACCCACUCCCCCAUGAGUUGUGGGGUUUUGGGGGUUCUGGUUAAAAUUUGGGGGGGGUUUUGGGGUCCCUCAUCUGCAGGACAGGAGGGUUUUGGGGUCCCGUUUUGGGGUACAGGAUUUGGGGGGGCUCUUACCCCAAAUCAUGAGUUUUUUUGGGUCCCCCACCCCCAAGAUGGGAAGAUUUUGGGGGGACGGGGGAGUUCCCUCACCCCAAAUUAAGACUGGGGGAGCCCCCCCUUAAAUAGGGGAGGUUUGGGGGGUCCCCUACCCCAAAUUAUGAGAUUUUGGGGUCCCCCACCCCUAGGAAAGGAGGGUUUGGGGGUCCUUUACCCCAAACAAAAAGAUUUUUUUGGGGAGUCCCCCUAAAAUAGGGGGAUUUUGGGGGUGUUCUUUGCCCCAAAUCAUGAGAUUUUGGGGUGUCCCACCCCCCAGAAAAGGAGAAUUUGGGGGCCCCACACCCCCAAGUAAGAUUUGGGGAAAACUCCCCUAGGAGAGGAGGUUUUGGGGUCCCCUACCCCAAAAUAAGAGAGUUUUGGGGUUCCCUGCCCCAUGUUAUGAGGUUUUGGGGUCCCAGUUAAAAUUUUGGGGACCCCACUAAGUUCAAGGGGUUUUGGGGUUUUUUAACCCCCUCCCCCCCCCAGGGCACGAAGUUUGGGGGUCCUGUACCCCAAUUCAUGAGGUUUUGGGGUGUCUCAAGCCCUGAAUUGGGGAGGGGGAUUUGGGGGUCCCUCCCCCCAAACUCUGAGGUUUUGGAAACAAGUUUUUUCAUGUGUGUUAUUUUUCUAAACGUUCCCUGCACCCCCACUUUUUUGGGGGGGGCGCCCCCCAAGUUUCUGGGGGUGUUUCGAGCAUUUUUGCAGGGGGGGCACCCCCAAAACAAGAAGGGUCUGUCCCAGUUUGGGGGGAGUUUAAGGGGGGGAUUUGGGGGAUUCCCCCCCUAAACCUCCCCCAGUUGGAAUUUGGGGGGCGCCCCCCUCCCACCUUUUAUUCCUUUUCCCUCUUUGUUUGAAGGAUAAUAUUUUGGAUUUUGGGGGGCUGCAGCCCCUCCCGUUGUAAAUAAACAGCGCCGUUGCUUCGUA